GCCAAACAGAAUUAAUUGUGAUGAUCUGUUUUGAUUCGAGGUUUGUUUCUUUAUGAGAUGACUUAACUUCAGAGAUGGCUUCAGGAGGUUGGUGUGAGUAUUAUUGUGAAUCUUCUCGUAUACCAGAGGCACAUUCUCCUCGUGUACUGAUGUCUAAACCACCUCCAUCACAGUCUGAACGUGUUAUUACACUUGUAGUGGAUGGGAAGAGGUUUACUGUUAAUCCAUCGCUAUUUACAAAGCAUCCCAACACAAUGUUAGGAAGAAUGUUUAGUUCACCAAUGGAGAUUAAACCUAAUGAUUCUGGAGAAUACAGGAUACUAAAUGGAAUAUCAUCCCAUAUUUUUAGGGCAGUUCUGGAUUAUUACCGAACUGGUGUGUUACCUUGUCCUUCGUCUGAAUCUGUACAUGAAGUCAGAGAAGCAUGUGACUACCUUCUCAUUCCUUUUAAUGAGAAAACUGUCAAAACUAACAACUUAAGAGAUUUUCUUAAUGAGUUGUCUAAUGAUGGUGCUAAGCAACAAUUUCGAGAAUAUCUUGAACCACUUAUUAUUCCAGCAAUGGUUAUGUGUGCUCGGAAAGGAGAAAGAGAAUGUCAGAUAGUUGUACUAAUGGAAGAUGAUGUCAUUGAAUGGGAUGAUGAAUAUCCACCAGCAGUGGGUGAAGAACAUAUACAGCGUGUCCAUUCUAAUGAUUUAUGUCGGUUUUUUAAGUAUUUUGAGAAUAGAGAUAUUGCUAAAGAUUUGUUACGUGAAAAAGGUCUAAAGAAAAUACGAAUUGGAAUUGAAGGCUUUCCAACUACUAAAGAGAAAGUCAAAGUUCGUCCAACAACAGGAAGAAUGGAAGUUGUGUAUAACUACAUACAGAGACCAUUUGUACGCAUGUCAUGGGAGAAAGAUGAAGCGAAGAGUCGUCACGUUGAUUUUACUUGUGUGAAAAUAAAAACUGAAAUAGCACCAGAUGCUGAAGCUGCUACAUUAGUAUCAGCUGGUGAAGAUGAAGAAACUAAUGUAAUAUAACUUUUUUAUAUCAAAUCUAUAACCCAAUGGUAUUAUCCAUACAUCCAUCCUAUAAUAAUGCUUAAUUUCUUUCAGUUGUAUCAUUUAAAAA